AUGGCUGGGUUAGAGCUGUGCGAGCCCAUCGAACUGUAUAACGUUUUGAACCAGGCCACGAAGUUCUCCAGACUGACAGAUAGAAAUUACUUAUGUUUGAUCGAUGCGCGAACAAAGCGGGAGUACGACGAAAGCCACCUGAUCACCGCAAUAAGAAUGAAACAGAAUGCUUUGGGAUUAUACGUCGUUCCUCCGUCUAUUGACUUCACAUACAUCAAACACUGUGUGGUGUACGAUGGCAGAACCGACAUCUUGGACUUUGCCAGUGAGAUGGGUGAUACUGCAUUUGGAGUGGAUGAAGAAAAAAAUGCCCCAUCUGGAUCGGCAGCACGCUGCGGCAGAGUCCUGCAGCAGUUCACUCGCUUUCCUGUCCAGGUCCUAAGAGGGGGAUAUGAGCGGUUCACUGCCUCUUAUCAUUUCCUCCAGACCCAGAAGAUUUUCUGGAUGCCUCGAGAACUGGAGGACUUUCUACCCUACCCAGUGGAGAUUGUGCCACGUAAGCUGUAUAUGGGGAAUUACAGACAAGCCUGUGAUCAACAGAUACAGAAGGAUCUGAAAAUUAAAGCCCACGUAAAUGUCUCCGAGGAGGUAGACAUGUUCUUCCCCAAUGAUAGUGACAACAUCCUUCAUAUUCCAGUUCCAGAUUCUCCAGAAGCAGACAUGUUAUCCUUUUUUAGCGACCUCUGCCAUUUCAUUGAUAGCCGUAUGAAUCACGAUGCAGUCUUGGUUUUCUCUACCUUGGGCAUAAGCAGGUGCAGUACGGCCAUCAUGGCCUAUCUGAUACAUUCGUGUGGGCUUUACUUAAAGAAUGCUUGGAGUUAUGUCCAGAAGUGCAAACGCAACAUCCGGCCAAACCGAGGGUUUGUGCAACAGCUAUCGGAAUGGGAGGCCAGGGUCUACAUGUCAACCGUCACUGAUAUCUCUGAACCAAAUUACUGA